AUGGUCGCCCUAUCAUCCACUGCUCUCGCCACCCUCGGCUUCGCCUUGUUUUGCAAAGCUCUUUCCAUCCCACCAGUCAAAGAGUGGAGCACGGAACAGGUUGCAGCACGACUCGCCGCUAUUGACGACGACAUUUCAACCGCCGCUGCACCGGAUGGAUUCUCUAUGGCAUUCAGUGCAAGGGGUACAGGAUGCUCGAGUAGCAACACAGUCUUCGCCUUAUCUCCCGACAAGACAUCGUUGACCGUUAGAUUUAGCAACAUGAAAGUUCAAUCGGGGGCUGGAAUUCCGGCUGACGAUCGGCUCAAGACGUGUGAAAUGACGCUGAACACAGUCCUUCCCCGAGGCUGGUCGUUUGGGUUGUCGAGAGUGGAAACUCGUGGAUUUACUACUCUGGGAAGGGGUCUGGCGCUCUCCCUCUACGGAACUUACGACUUUAAAAACGCUCCCGUACCAGGACUGAUUCAGUCAAGGAGCCUCUACCUUCCCGGACCUGCCACACACAAUGAUGCCACGUUAUUCCAAGGCAGCUUUGACUCCAUCCUCUUCUCUGCGUGUGGAGAUGGCAAUAGGAGCAUUUCGGUGGAGUUCGAGGAGAAUGUCCGUGCGCAAUUUACCGACAGUUCGGGAACCGGGGCUGGUUCUGCUGGGGUGGACUCCGUAAGCUAUUCCGAUAGUUGUGGCCGAUCACUUGCUGACUUCCUCCCCUCUAUCAUCACUGGUGGGAUUAUGAAAACGAAGGUGACUUUUACCUUUGUUUUCAGACAAUGCUAG